GACUGAACGCAGCCUUGUAAACUGACGGAGGGGCUGUAAUUUGAGUGGAGCACUGAGGUAUUAUUAGACCAAAAAAAAAAAAAGAAAAGAAAAAGAAAAAAACGGAGCGCGGCACUUGAGACGUCCAGAUGUUGCGUUCGAGGCACCGGGAGAAGUCGGGACUCUACGACUGUCGGGACUGGACGCCGCAUCAAACUUCCCUUCGCGCCGCGUUUUGCCCGCUCACCGCGAUGGAAGCGGGCAGCCUCGACUGAGGGAAGAGGCAGUUCACGCGUUUCUGAACACACUUCGUCCUCGAGGAGCAAGAAGAGGAUAUCUCAAAGGGGGACGUGGAAUCUGCACAACAAAGCGCCUCGAACUAAACUGCGCACUUUCGGACGUUUAAAUCCUCCUUGACAUGUUUUGGGGGUUUGGGAAUUAAAUAGUCCAUCCGUUUGACUCGUGAGCUGAAAUAUCAACCUUGAUACACGUUUUUGUUUUGUCUAUUUGUGCUUUUUUUCUGCUUUUGUUUUUUUUUCCGCGGAGCACCAUGGCGCUCCUUCACUGGCUCCUGUGCGCCGGCGCGCUGUGGCUGCGGCCGCGGCCGUGCGGCGCCGCGUACCGCGGACCGCUGCAGCCGGAGAUGUCCAACGGCACCUUCCACCACUACUUCGUGCCGGACGGCGACUACGAGGACAACGACGACCCGGAGCACUGCCAGGUGCUCUUCAAGAUGACGGACGAGCGCAAGUGCGCGCUCGCCGAGGACCAGAGCGCGGUGGUGCGCGACGACUUCACGCUCGUGCGGCGGCAGAUCGAGGACUCGGCGCGCGUGCUCGAGGGCAUCGGCCGCAGCGUCUCGUACGACCUGGACGGCGAGGACAGCUACGGCCGCUACCUGCGCCGCGAGACGGCGCAGAUCGCCGAGGCGUUCGCCAGCUCCGAGCGCGCGCUGCUGGAGCUCGAGGUGAAGUUCCGGCAGAGCCAGGAGGGCGAGCUGCGCGAGGAGCACCGGCUCGGCGACGACUUCCUGCGCAUGGCGGUGCACGCGCGCGACGCGCUGCGGGAGACGGCGGACGUGUCCGCGGGCCUGCGCGACAAACACGAGCUGCUGUCGCUGAUCGUGCGCAGCCACGGCACGAGGCUGAGCCGGCUGAAGAACGAGUACAUGAAGUCCUGAGAGGGAAGAGUCCCGUCCCCGUCCCUCUCCUCCUCUCAUCCUCUCCUCCUCUCAUCUUCUCCUCCUCUCCUCCUCUCAUCUUCUCCUCCUCUCCUCCUCUCAUCCUCUCCUCCUCUCAUCCUCUCCUCCUCUCCUCCU